UCACAGACCUACCAUUUCCCACACGUUCAAAUUAACAACACUGGGAAGAAAGAAAUAAACAAGUAUGGCCGUGGCCGGUCCUUGAAACAAUCCAAUCCUUUUUUUUGGCGGCCCACCAGUCGGAGGGAGGACAUCCUAGAAGAAAAGAAACAAAUACAUGUUUUGUGCUGCUCUUUCAAUUGCAAUUGCAUUUCCACGCCAGAAAUCAUCUACAAAACGUUGGUUGAUUCAUCUUCCUCUGGAAUCACUUUCUAAGAUUACCCAUUUUCAGACGUUUGGGGAAGGGAAUACUUGGUCCGCCAUGGUUGCUAUGUAAGUGGAGUGACAGGGCAGGGGGAAUUGUGUGUAUGGGAUGAUGGCCCUCUCGGGUGGCAGCGGGGGAGGGGUAGGAUCGGGGAGUGAAACGACUAGCGGGGCGCUUCCUCAGGCGGAAUGGCCGGAGCCAAUUCAGAGGGUACAAUUCAUUGCAGAGAGUGGUAUAACGGCGUUGCCGCCGAGAUAUAUCAAGCCGGAGAAUGAUAGGCCUGCAAUUCUAGAUCCUUCUACAAGCUCCGAAGUGAAUAUACCAGUGAUCGACCUGGGUGGAGUGAGAGUAGGAGAGCGGGGGCGGGAGAGAACGAUGCAGGAGAUUGCGGCGGCGUGCAAAGAAUGGGGUUUUUUUCAGGUGCUCAAUCAUGGGGUGCCCCUAGAGCUUAUGCGGCGGGCAAGGGAAGUGGCGCGGGAGUUUUUCAGUUUGCCGCUAGAAGAGAAGCAAGUUUAUGCGAAUUCCCCAAAGACUUACGAGGGCUAUGGCAGUCGACUGGGUAUCGACAAGGGAGCAAUUCUCGACUGGGGGGACUAUUUCUUUCUCCACUUGUUGCCUCUCUCUAUCAAGGACAUCAACAAAUGGCCUGCUAAGCCCGUUUUGUACAGAGAAACCAUGGACGAAUAUGGGAAGCAAGUAGCUCUGUUGUGCGAGAUGCUGCUGGGUGUGUUGUCUACCAAUUUGGGGCUGGAGGAGGAUUACUUGCAAGAGGCCUUUGGGGGAAAGAAUGUAGGGGAGUGUAUGAGGAUAAACUACUAUCCAAAGUGUCCUCAGCCCCACCUUACAUUAGGCUUGUCAUCCCACUCAGAUCCAGGCGGCAUGACAGUGCUGCUGCCAGACGAUUCGGUACGAGGCCUCGAGGUCCGCAAGGAUGGCCGGUGGAUUCUUGUGGAGCCUUGUCCCCACGCCUUCAUUGUCAACAUUGGGGAUCAGCUACAGAUAUUGAGCAACGGGAUUUACAAGAGCGUGGAGCACCGCGUGGUUGUGAAUUCGGAAAGAGACAGGCUGUCGAUUGCGUUGUUCUACAAUCCAGACGGAAACAAGAUACUCUUUCCUGCCCCACAAAUCGUAUCUGAUGAGUCGCCGCCAUUGUAUCAGCCAAUGACCUUCAAUGAGUACCGAUUGUUUAUUAGGACGCGAGGACCCCGUGGAAAAGCUCAGGUGAACUCUAUCACAAAUUCGACCUCCACAUAAGAUAGAUAGAUCUUUUUAACUACAAUUUGGAAGGGCAACGAGAGGUGAACUACGAAGUCUAAAGCUAAUCCAUAUGAGGAGGUUUAUUCUGUGGGUGAGAGAGGCAGUUAGUUUGUCCAUACAUGGCAUAAUCAAGUCUCUGUCGAUCCUCUGUAUAUAGUAUAUAUGUGGGGGGAUGAAAACAGGGCCAUGGGUGUGGAUACUGACAUGUUGGUUCCGAUUUGACUUUACCACAUGUGGGUAAAGACGCACGAUCUAAUUAACCACAGACCAAGUAUGUGGACGCUGUAAAGCAUCGCGGAUGUUGAUGUAACUCCUCGAUAGAAAAGCUUCUUCACGGACAGAUUGUCCGACAUAAAUCAAAUCUGAUUAUGUGUUGAAUUGAAUGCAUGCUCAAAUUGAGUAUAAACGAAUGCCUCCCACCUCACGUAAAAAUCAGUCACCGGCGAGGAGGAUCUGAUAAUUACCUUCAGAGCACCGUGUUUGAAAGCACAAGCAAGCUCCCCGAUUAUUUUCCCCUUUCUCAAAGUCUACUCCUUUACAUCGCCAUUUGUAAUGGUGGUGAAAUUUGUGUGUUUAUUAUUGGGGGAUAUCUUUGUUACAUGUAUUUAUCAUUGACCAUAGUGUAAUUUUAUAUGAUGUUGUAUUAUAAUUUUUAUUCAUGAUUUCUGAUUUGUACUUUUAA